AUGUCACAGCAGAAGCAGCAAGCCUGGGAGCCCCCUAGUGCUCCCAAAUGCUCAUCUCCCCAGUGCCCAACCCCCACCCUGGCUGUCUGCUCUGCUCCUUGCUGUGACCCCCAUUCAGGAGGCUGUGAUUCUGGUUCCCAAAAGCCUGGGAAGCAGAGUCCUGGCCGUUCUCAGAGGGCUCACCGCAAGAAGCCCCGCUGCCUCAGUGGUGGCACAGUCUACCACAUCAAAGAGGAGGAAUGCUGAGUUAGUGCUGGGAAACACUUCCUGGCCCCUAUAAGCCGCACUCCUGCUUCAGUCUUCCACCCGCCCCUUCAGCUCAGCAGCAACGUGGAGCCUGAGCCCUGGCUGCUGUGA